GUUUAAAAUAGUUACUCCCCUUUUUCUCUGUCACGAAUUUGCAUGUCACGUAUUCAGUUUGUUAGUUUCUUCAGAAAACGAAAAGAGAUAUGCUGCUAACUAACCUGACAGUCGGCAUACUGCUGAACUAUACAUAAUAAAUGUAAAUGUCAAAUUUCCAAGUAUGUGUCGGCAUUAGUGAAGUCCAUUUUUGAAGAAUGUAUGGUGCCUUUUCUAAGUGUUCAACAAAAUAAUGAUAGAAUGAGCCAGCAGACCUUCUGAAUCAAAAAACGAUGUGGUGUGAAAUGCUACAAGUACAAUUGUAGCUAGUGGACAGAUCCUGCUUGGUUUGAAAGACAUUGACACUGGAGAGUAAGAUGGUGUUGGCAAAACUGAAUUAGGUGAAAAGGAACCCAAUCCAAAGAGAGAUUCAAACUUUUUACAAACACGUGGCAGUUCCUUUGAGAUGGAAACUGUUCCAACCAAGAAAGCGGUAAAAUAUGCUCAGUGUCUGCAUAUAGAAAUGAAGAACUAGAACACAGCCAUGAAAUACCUGGACAACUUGUAGAAAAGAAAUGCUAAGUAUCCGACUAGAUGUGGUUGCAAUGGUUUGUAAUGAAUGGAAUGUGUACAGAGGGUAAAGUUUUGUAUAGGUCAUUACUUGAAUGAGUUUUUUGGCAUAAGAGCAGUCACAUGAACUCUAAAGUUCCAAUCAUAUGCAGAAAAUUGCUAUUUCAUUUUUAAGUCUGGAGCAUGGAAUUGCUAACGUCGACAGAACUUUGUCCAUCAAUAUAAAAACUGUUAACGCUAGAAUACACUUCUCUGUCUGAAGAAGUUUUGAAUGCUUUGAGGCUUAUAAGAGAUAUUGUGACACAGUAUGGUCGUCAUAUAUGUGAUGUGUUCAUUUCAAAGAACAUGGUAAGAUAUGUCAGUAGUCACACCAGAAAUACUUGAAAAGAUUGGAAGAAUAAAAGUCAGAACCAGAGCUGCUUAAAAGAGCAUAUUUAGAACAGAAAAUACAGAAAGAAAUGGAAUUAGUAUCAGUGCAAAAAAUGAAGACAGGAAAAGGAAGAUCUCAGAAACAGAGGGAGAAGUAAAAACAUGUGAGGAAGAACUUCAACAAGAUAUUAUUACUGCAAAUGGGCUGAUUAGAAAAGUCAAUGAUAUAUUGUCAUCUUCAAUCAAGACAAAAGACUUUAAAGACAUGGAUAUUGCAUUAAGUAUAGCUUGAUGUUUCUAGGUCAAGGCUUGAGAAGGCAAUUGGUGCCUUAGAGAGUUGCAGAGCAAACUAAUUGCAAGGUUUCUGUCUUUGAAGCAUAGAAGAACUAACACGGCUUUACCUUAUCUGAUAGUAAAAUAAGACUGUAGUACAUGUAGAUUGCGAAAAGAAUGUGGAAUGAACAUGUCACGGGAGAAGCCUUGGUCUGGGCCUUACUCUGCCAUAGGGCCAAGACCAAACUAAUGACUUAGGUAAGGAAUUUCAUAUCACAUCACAUCAAAACAUUUAUGUUUAUCUGUAUUUCUAAAUGACACGGCUGGAUGCAAUCAAAAAUGUAUAACAGAACCAAAACCUUUUAAACAGAACCCGUUAGCAUGAUGCAAAGUUUGAAAACCUGAUUUUUGUGGAACUUCUACGUUUCUUGUACUGUAUACAUUAUUGCCUUACAAUAAUUGAAUAGACAAUUGUUCUGUCCAAACUUCUACCAAGGCCCUGAAACAGUUUAUAGAGCAAUUCUGACAUUGUACCUAUAUUGCUAAUAAAGAGGCCAAAGAAGUGUUCAGUUACAAGUCAGUUAUUCAGCUAUAAUAAAAUAGAGAAAAGUGGAAACUUCACAGGUCGCUCAACACAAGAAAAAUGAAAAUGUUGCAGGCUCGGUUUGAUUGAGCCUGUUCAUUGACGGUAAUGGAAAUGCAUGCUACCGUCCACUCCCUCUAGCCCCGUGUGGAGCAGAACUCAACAUUUACACAUGCUAAAAUUAUAAAGAGAUAUCCGCAGAUGUAAUAAGUUCAAUAGAAAAAUAUGCACUAUUUCAUAAAAUAUUCAUAAGAUCAUCAGAGUGAUCUUUGAUUCAUACAUUUAUAUACUGUUAUGAAUAUCUACGCUUAAACAAACCCUGUUUAAAAACUAAACAGAAAUCAGCUUUAACUUUGACUUAUUUUCAAUCCAUUUGUUUUUAUCAGAUAUAAAAUAAACCAUGAUACAUAAUGUGAAGAUGCGUUAUACACGGAAAUUGUAACUUCAACAUGUUGCCCAUCAUUGCAGUUACAUGACAUAUGGAACAACAACAGGGCGAUGUAGAUUUCGUUAUGUUUUGAUUUUUGAUGAAUUAAAAAAUUUUCUGCGGUAUGUUUUAGGAGCUUAUUGAAAAUGCUAAUAUGUGUCAUUAAAAUAAACUAUUAUUAAAUAUAAAGGAUUUUGAUAUUAGAAUAUAACCGCGUGCUACGAUCUUCGCGUGACGUCAUCAGGUUCUCACGAGAGUUGGUGUGCAGAUGUUGCUGUCCAGCACUGGUUAGAUAAACAAAGGCGGUUAUGCACGGCCAUCAGAAGACAAAAAUAGCGUCAGUAAAGCCUAACAAUAUCUCUUUCAUACAAAUUACCUCCCAGAAUUAAUUGUCUGAUGCAGAUUUAUUUGAACUAAAAUAAAUGUACGUCGAUCUACUAUCUAUGAAUUUAAAGUUCUAGUUAUUUAUUUUUUCAUAUCACAUGUACUUCGUCUGUCCACGUUUUAUUAUGUUAAUACUCCCAAACAAGCUUAUCUUUGUAUACAGUUUGACUGUAUUAGGGAUAGAAAUGGUCUAUAAGAUAUCACCAAGCCCGCCCGCUUAGCUCAGUAGGUAGAGCGUUUUGUCUACGGAUCGCGGGAUCGCGAGUUCGAUCCUCGGGCGGGGCGUAUGUUCUCCCUGACUAUUUGAUAACCGACAUUGUGUCUGAUAUCAUUAGUCCUCCACCUCUGAUUCAUGUGGGGAAGUUGGCAUUACUUGCAGAGAACAGGUUUGUACUGGUACAGAAUCCAGGAACACUGGUUAGGUUAACUGCCCACCAUCACAUAACUGAAAUACUGUUGAAAAACGGCGUUAAACCCAAAACAAACAAACAAAACUAAAUGAUAUCAGGGAGAUAUUCGAUAUUCAUUUUCGAAAACGACAACAGAAUCUCCAUAUAUCCGGGAAAAAAACUAUUCUGAAUAUGAGCUUCAUGAACUGUCGUCACGCUUCGUUAGCACAGAAAAAUUACCACCUUAAUUUUUUUAUCAUGCUAGUUUCAUAUUUUUCUGGAUUAAUUUUCCAAUUUCAUGGAUUGUACAGGUCUUUAAAGUUCUUGAGUGUAUAUUCUCCCGACCAAAACUCCUUGGUUUUAAGCGCCGAAUGUUUAAAACUCACCUGAUUUUCUUCUAACAUUUUUUACCAAGCUAUGGCCGUGUUAUUCUUAUGUAAAUACUACAAAUUUCAGUACAAUUUGACAGGUAUAGAAGACAAUGUUCAGGAAUCAGCAGUUAUUCCGUGUUCGGCAAAUACAACAUCAUUUCCAUCGGCAAUGUAUUAGGAAUGUUAAUAAUAACGUCCUUAAAAACCUAAAGCCAGGCUACCUGGAAAGCAUAAAGAAAACACAACGUAGUGGAAAGUAUGUCUUAAAGACGGCACUGGUUACAGGAACUGUAUUGGUUGGAGGAAUCUUUAUCAAGCUUUACAAUAAAGAAGUUGCUGAACAUGAAGACGAUGAACUUCAGCAAGAAAUACCAGCGGACUGGCAAAACUGGCAUUACACAAAACCAUUGUCACUGUCUGAGGCAGUAAAACAGAGCAGAGAUUUAAUGCAGAGGAAGAAGGAUGAAACUGGAAUUCCAGGCUUGGCAAUAGCAGUUUCAAUAGAUGGAAAAACUGUAUGGUCAGAGGGCAUUGGUUAUUCAGACGUAGAGAACAGGUUGAAGUGCACCCCACAAUCGGUAUUUCGUAUAGCAAGUAUAAGCAAGACAUUAACAAUGGCAGCGGUUGCUAAGCUACUAGAAAGCGGUGACCUUGACCUCGACAAACCUGUGCAGUUUUAUGUGCCAGAGUUCCCAGAAAAGACAUGGGAAGGCAAAAGGGUUCAAAUUACAACCAGACAGCUUCUCUCCCAUUUAGGAGGAAUACGUCAUUAUGAAAAAGAUUAUAUAAAUGAUAAGGCGGACACAGACAACACUGGUAUAGAGAAGACUGUUAAAGCGCUUUCAAAUAAUUCCACAGAUGAAGAGCGGAGAACAAAAGAUGAAAUGCUGCUAGAUGAAUAUUACAUUACACGUCAUUAUUCUUCAGUGUUGGAAAGUCUUGAAAUAUUUAAAUAUGACCCUCUCGUCCACAAGCCAGACUCCAAAUUCUUGUACUCCACCCAUGGCUGGACUCUGGUCAGUGCUGUUGUUGAAAAGGCUGCAAAGAUGCCUUUUGAGAAAUACCUUAAGAAAGUGUUGGAUGAGCUUGGCCUGGAGAAUACUUACCUGGAUGAACACACACCUUUGAUCUACAACAGAGGAAGGCACUAUAUGAUGAACAAGAAAGGGCGGCUUGAAAAUGCUCCUUAUGUAGACUUAUCAUACAAAUGGGCCGGUGGAGGUCUGGUCUCAAAUGUAUUAGAUUUGGUUAAGUUUGGGAAUGCCAUGCUGUACAGCUACCAAGCUAAAUCAUACAGAUCUGCUUCUCAUCCGCGACGUCCUGCUAUUUCAACAGACAGCCCCAGCACUUCUAAAACCGCCUAUAAAGAUUCAAAGCAGCGUGACAUCAGUUUUCGUAUCCUUCCUGGCUAUUUGAAACCAGAAACAAUGAAAAUGUUGUGGACCCCUGUGGUCAUACCAGAACUUAACUUUAGGGGAAUAGCAAAUAAUGGCUAUGGUCUUGGUUGGAAUGUGUGCCACAGAAGUACAGAACGUGCAUUUUGCAAAGAUCAAAAAUUCUUUGUAUCACAUCUAGGAGCUGCUAUAGGAGCCAGUGGUGCCUUGUUAAUUCUUCCAACAGACAAUACAGUAUCAGGAAUUACGAGAUGGGAACGAUUGGAGAGCAAUCAAUGCAAAGACGCCAAAGAUUCUAAAUUGAUGUAUUCUAGUCCUCCAAAAGGUAUCGUUGUGGCGAUUAUUGCAAAUUUGACUUCGAGUGGUUUAAAUAAAACAGCUUACGAUAUAGCAAGGAUAUUCGACAGAGCUGACAUUAAGGUGUAAUGCAACUGGGGAGAGAAGUUCUUGACAACAGAGCAUUAAAACAGAAACAGAGAAAAACAUUAUAUUGUUUAUACAUUGUUUGGAAACCGUAUGUAUAAACUAUACACCUUUGUGUGGAGAAUUUAAUUAACCAGUACUUAUUGAGCUAUGACUUGGCUUCAUCGCUACUGUAUAGUUAAGUGAGAUUUAUCUGAGUUUGUUCGCUGUUUACUCUGUUGUUUAUGUACGGAUGGACGAGCUGCCGUUCUAACCGCCUCCGUAUUCCUUUUGUACAACCUUCAAUGGAAGACACAUACAGUUUUUUCUUGCAUACUAGACGGAAAUGUUCUGUAUUUUCACACGUUCUCGAAAAUCCAUCUUGCACCCGGAGUGUAAGUUGCUGUUAAGAAAAUAUGACGUGUAUCGAACUAUAUCUGUGCACUAAAAGUUAUCGAACUACAGCUGUGCACUAAAUGUUUAUUGAAGUCAUUUUUACUUUAUUACAUAAAAAAGGAAUACAAUGUAAUAAAAAUCAUAUAUAUUGACAAUCUAUAUUUGUUCCCUUGAUUCAUAAGAAAAAACUUUAUCUUAUGAAAAAUAUAUGACGUUACGCUAAAAUUGAUAAAAACAAACCGGGACUAAAUAUCUAAAAGUCAUUAUGCCUUUCCUGUAUACUGUCGGUGUUUUCCCGCGUCUUAUAAAGCUGCAGUAAGAACAGUACUAUGAUAAAGGAAUACAUUGUUUUGAAAUAUAUAUGUAUUGUUACUACUAUUUGAAGAAUGUAUCAUGCAAAAGAAAGGUUCUUUCACUGUGUGUUUGUGAGUAUGUGAAUAUAACGCCGUAACUCUGUAGAGCCUCGUUACCUCGCAAACAGUUAUUAUCGAUCCGGAUAUUCAAAUUUCUAAAAAAGUAAUACAGUGUGAAAGUAUUUAUCAUUUAUUAUAUUUGUAUAAUGAUAUACUGUAGAAUUUUGAUAAGGAAAUUGUUAUAUUAUAUAUUAAUUCAUUGUUAUAUAUUUCUAUAUAAGUUUGGAAAUGCUAUGUACUUGUAUUACUUGUUUUAUAUACUUUUGUUGGAAAAAAAUGGGGGAAAAAAAGAAUUUCGAUAAGACGUUGAGGUCAGUAAAACGUUUGGUUUUGAUUUGUUUAAAUGAAACGCAUAUUCAACUUUAAUCGAUUUGUAGGAUGAGCAAUGUUGUAAAUGUAUGACCAAAGAUGCAUGUUUAUAUUCUGUAAUUGCUAAACUGCUGGUCAAAAUGUAUAACGAUAUUUGAUUGCAUUAAGAAUCAUGUCGGUAGAUUUGUGUUUAUGUUCGAGUUAUAUAUUAUGGUCAAUAAUCGUACGUUGUAUA